CUUGCUCUGCGCCGGCUCUGGGCGUGUGCCCCCGCCGCAGCUCCGCGGAGCCUCCGAGCCGCCUGCAAAGGGGGGCGGGGAGCGGCGGCGAGCAGCCCGCGUCUGCGGCUUCCUCCCCACGCCCGAGCCUCUUGCGCACAGCCGGGAGGACGCGAGCCCGAGCCUCGUCCCCACGCCGCGGCGCGCGGGCUCCCUGCCCAGCCGAGAACAAUCAACCAUGACGACCGAAUCCGGCUCAGACUCAGAAUCCAAGCCAGAGCAGGAGGCCGAGCCCCAGGAGGCAGCGGGGGCGCAGGGGCAAGCCGGGGCGCAGCGGGGGCCUGAGCCCAGCGGUGAGGACCAGCAGCAGGCUCUGGAACAGUUCGAGGGCGCGGCACACAGCACCCCCGUGAGGAAGGAGGUCACUGACAAGGAACAGGAGUUCGCUGCUGGGGCUGCAAAACAGCUCGAAUAUCAGCAAUUGGAAGACGAUAAACUUUCUCAGAAAUCAUCUAGCAGUAAACUGUCUCGAUCUCCAUUAAAGAUUGUCAAAAAGCCUAAAAGCAUGCAGUGCAAAGUGAUACUUCUGGAUGGAUCAGAAUAUAUCUGUGACGUGGAGAAACGCUCCAGAGGCCAAGUGCUCUUUGAUAAAGUAUGUGAACAUCUGAACUUGCUAGAAAAGGACUAUUUUGGGCUUACGUAUCGAGAUGCCGAAAACCAGAAGAAUUGGCUGGACCCUGCUAAGGAAAUAAAAAAACAGAUUCGAAGUGGUGCUUGGCACUUUUCAUUUAAUGUGAAAUUUUACCCACCAGACCCCGCCCAGCUCUCUGAAGACAUCACCAGGUACUACCUCUGCCUACAGUUGCGAGAUGACAUCGUGUCCGGAAGGCUGCCCUGCUCCUUUGUCACCCUGGCCCUGUUGGGCUCCUACACUGUCCAGUCAGAACUUGGAGACUAUGACCCAGAUGAAUGCGGGAAUGAUUACAUUAGUGAGUUCCGCUUCGCCCCAAACCACACGAAAGAACUGGAAGACAAAGUGAUCGAGCUGCACAAGAGCCACAGAGGAAUGACGCCAGCAGAAGCAGAGAUGCAUUUCUUGGAAAAUGCCAAAAAGCUGUCCAUGUAUGGGGUCGAUUUACAUCAUGCCAAGGAUUCUGAAGGAGUAGAAAUUAUGCUAGGAGUUUGUGCGAGUGGUCUGUUGAUAUAUCGUGACCGACUGAGAAUAAACAGAUUUGCCUGGCCUAAGGUUCUAAAAAUUUCAUACAAACGGAACAACUUUUACAUUAAGAUCCGGCCAGGAGAGUUUGAACAAUUUGAAAGCACCAUCGGGUUCAAGCUGCCAAACCAUCGAGCUGCCAAACGUUUAUGGAAAGUAUGUGUUGAACAUCACACAUUUUUCAGACUGUUGUUACCAGAAGCACCUCCAAAGAAAUUCCUUACCUUGGGCUCCAAGUUUCGUUACAGUGGCAGGACGCAAGCCCAAACGAGAAGAGCCAGCGCGUUGAUAGAUCGUCCUGCCCCUUACUUCGAACGCUCAUCCAGCAAACGCUAUACCAUGUCUCGCAGCUUGGAUGGAGCGUCAGUGAAUGAAAACCAUGAAAUAUACAUGAAGGAUUCUGUGUCUGCUGCAGAGGUUGGUACUGGCCAGUACGCCACAACAAAGGGCAUCUCUCAGACCAACUUGAUCACCACUGUGACUCCGGAGAAAAAGGCCGAGGAGGAACGGGACGAGGAAGAGGAGAGACGGAAGAAGGCAGAGGAAGCCACGCCGGUGGCCGCAGUACGGCACGAGGGAAAGUCACCUGGGCUUGGCACUGACUCAUGCCUUCCGUCCCCCCCAUCAGCCCAUCGUCCCCCUGCACCCCCCCCAGAGCUCCGUAGGAGGUGUAAGGAGAAUGACCGCCAACCCCCGGGUGUCGAGCCGGCCCAAGGCGCCGUGCCCGUGCGCGGAGAGCCCGCCCUGGACUCUGACCACAAAGGGAGGCCGUCCUUAGGGGACCAAGAUGUGGCUUUUAGCUACAAACAGCAAACCGGCAAAGGGACCACCCUGUUUUCCUUCUCCUUGCAGCUCCCAGAGUCGUUCCCUUCUCUUCUAGAUGACGAUGGGUACCUCUCUUUCCCCAACCUGUCGGAAACCAACCUCCUCCCCCAAAGCCUGCAGCAUUACCUCCCGAUUCGCUCGCCCUCCCUUGUGCCCUGUUUCCUCUUCAUUUUUUUCUUUCUGCUCUCCGCCUCCUUCUCAGUGCCAUAUGCCCUCACUCUCUCCUUCCCUCUGGCUAUGUGCCUCUGCUACCUGGAGCCCAAGGCGGCCUCCUUGAGUGCCUCACUAGACAAUGACCCGAGUGACAGUUCAGAGGAAGAGACCGACAGUGAGCGCACGGACACCGCGGCCGAUGGGGAAACCACCGCCACUGAGUCGGACCAGGAGGAAGAUGCAGAGCUCAAGGCACAGAAUAGUCUGAUUAAGCGAAUAAAGGGUGAAAAUGUGUAUGUCAAACAUAGUAAUCUUAUGUUAGAGGAGCUAGAUAAAACUCAAGAUGACCUGAUGAAACAUCAAACCAAUAUUAGUGAGCUGAAAAGAACCUUUUUAGAAACCUCCACAGACACUGCCAUCACAAACGAAUGGGAGAAGAGGCUCUCCACCUCCCCAGUGAGACUAGCCGCCAGGCAGGAGGACGCGCCCAUGAUCGAACCGCUUGUACCCGAAGAGACCGAAGAAGAAAGAGAAAUUUCUGAGAAAGUUAUAUUUUUGCAGCAAGAAAGCUCUCCAUUCCUUGAGUCUCAGCCGAGUAUGAUAAAGAAAAUGCAGGAAGGAGACUCCGCGGUUACCUCUCGUCAAAUCAUUUUCCAGAAAACUGUCCCAUCGACCCUAGAGGGCACAGAGGAUUGGGUUAUUGUAGACAAAGUACCCACUGAGGUAGUUGAUGGUGAUUCGAAAAAGAUUGUGACUUACAAGGUGGUGACCGUGAGCAGUAGAACCGGAGACAUCCCAGCCGAUCUGUUAAGAUCUGGUGCCAUUGAAAUGCAGAGCUUCGAGGACUUGGCCCGGGAAAUGCAAUUGAAAGGAGAAAGCAAACAGAAAAUAUACACUCUAGGAAAAUCCUACGACACCGUAUCCGGCAAGAUCGUAACCAUGACUGGAAAGGCCAAGGAGGGGGAGAAGGCAGUACAGCCCUGCGGUCUGGAAGCCCUUCAGAAAGCGGACAGAGCAUUGUCGGAGUCGGUGAAGAUCAUCCCGGUCACGGCCGAUUACGAGGUCCUGGACGUCGCCCCUGAUGAGAAAUCCAGGAGAGGACCCGAGGUGCACACCCCCAAGCGGAAACUGUCCGAAUCGCUGGCUCCCAUCAAAGAAGCCGAUUCCCGGCGGCCGAGCCCCGAAGAGGACGAGCUCCAGAGAGCCCCGGGGCCGGGCCGGGACGCAGCGCCCCACGCCGGCCCGGAGGGCGCGCGCCCGGGCAGGACGGAGCCAGCGCCGGAGGGCGAGGUCUUGAAAGUGGGGCUCUUUGGUCCCAGGAGGAAGAGCCUGUCCGAGUGGAGAUACUCACAGGAACCGGCCUUCACCGUGGCCACUGCUCAUUACGUUACCGAGUCCUCCUCAUCUCGAGUUGUGACUAAACAGUCUUCUGCCGAAAAGCUCAUGGAUGGCUCUGAAAUCUUCAGUUUAUUAGACUCUGCGAGAAAACCAACGGAAUUCAUAGGAGGGGUUACUUCUACUUCUCAAAGCUGGGUUCAGAAAACGGAAACCAAGACGGGGCCCAGCAAAACAGAGCCGGAAACAAGCCAGCACCCCCAGUCACUUAGCACCGAGAAGGUUGUGCAGGAAACCGUGUUGGUGGAGGAAAGACAUGUCAUGAAUGUGCAUGCGAGUGGGGAUGCUUCUUACGCAGCUGGAGAGGAUGUGGAUGCUGCGGCACAGGCAGCAUCUGCUGAUGCUUCUGGCUUGAAAGGGAAGGAGGGCUCUGCCCUGACAGAGGGGGCUAAAGAGGAAAAGGGGGAGGUGGCUGGCAAAGCUGUCCUCGAACAGGAAGGAACGGCCACUGCUUCCCAUGAGUCAGAGGAGGAGCAGAGUGCAGCAACCCACGUUUCUGAAACUUGGGAACAAAAACCUCAUUUCGAGUCAUCGACUGUGAAGACAGAAACCAUCAGCUUUGGCAGCGUUUCACCAGGAGGAGUAAAGCUAGAAAUUUCUACCAAGGAAGUGCCGGUAGUUCACACAGAAACGAAAACCAUAACAUACGAAUCCUCACAGGUCGAUCCGGGUGCCGAUUUGGAGCCGGGUGUGCUGAUGAGCGCACAGACGAUCACAUCUGAAACCACCAGUACCACAACCACCACCCACAUCACCAAAACUGUGAAAGGAGGCAUUUCAGAGACGAGGAUUGAGAAGCGCAUCGUCAUCACAGGAGAUGCGGACAUUGACCACGAUCAGGCUCUGGCUCAGGCAAUUAAAGAGGCCAAAGAGCAGCACCCUGACAUGUCAGUGACCAAAGUAGUGGUCCAUAAAGAGACCGAGAUCACACCGGAAGACGGAGAGGAUUGACCCCAGGAAUAACUUAGCCUGCACAUGAAUCCAGUCAUGCAAACCAUUAGGAAAACCAGAGCCUAUAUGGAGUCCCCUCUUCUAACCCAACUGACUUGUAUCUGCCCGUGGAAAAUUUCAAUCCGGAAGAACUGACCUUGACUGUUAACAAAGACACUGGCAGAGAGAUCUUCCCAUAAUAAAGCAAUCCGAAUCAGCAUCACGAAACUGAUAUUGCAUGAAGCAACGAUAAAAUUACAAAAAGAGUAGCAUUUUUAAUUUCCACCAAGUGUCUAAGUUUUCAGCUCUACCUGCACGUUCAUAACCAACAAUAUAAACCGUGAUCUCAUGUAACCACAUAAACAAUCCAUGCCUUUCAUAGUUUAUCCAAGUCUACACAAAACUGCAGUUUCUUAGGUGACAGAUCUUUGGUUUACAGACAGACGAAGAUGACCCUAAAAUGCUAGAAGCUGUCUAGGUCCGAUGUGUCAGGUUUAUCCCAGAUUAGAUGUGCCAAUAACCGAGUUUAUUCAGUAAACAACUUGGAUCUUGUACUUGUUUCACCUGGUUUUAUUACUCCGCCCGUAAACAGCAACGACUCCCGAUCGUCUGGAAAUAUUUAAUGCUUACAAUCCUGCUUUGUGUAUCUGACUUAAUCCGUUACCGGGUAGUACUGAUUUUAGCAUAUUAAUGUGAAAUUUCUUCCUCGUUCGCUUUGGUCUGCGUCCAAUCCGGAAAGCUUCCAAGAGUUCCCUGACAAGUCCUAAAUAUAUGUGAAUUGUCAUUAUUUGGGGAAGAAAAUCUGUAUUUUUGUUAGUUUACAAUAUUAUGAAAUUUCACCCCAGAAAAACCCGUGGGGCUUCUGAUGCUUCGUUUUCUUUCUUCGUUCCUUCUUCCUUGUGUUUUUUUAAGUUGAUUUUUUUUUCUUUUACUUGAAAAAAAGCGUUUUAUUUCCAAAUCUGGUCCAUAUUUACAAUCUAGUUCAGAGCCAAGCCUUAAAUUGUACAGAAUUUCCACUGUAAUUAAAGUAUUUAGUGUUUAGUUAUAAAUAGCCUUCAAAAAGAUAUAUUCUCCAUUACACUGUCAACUGCAUCACACAGCCCAUGGUGAAUGUAUGUUUCUGCAUAGCAAAAUAAAAAUGGUAAAUGCAUUUAAAGCUCUAA